UAACAUAAUGUCCAACAAAUAGAUAUUAUAUUAUUCCCAAAUCACAUAGGCCACUGACCAUAGACAAGUAUAGUAUAUUAUUAUUAUGCCUCAAACGGGAAUGUUGUUAUCAAGUCUAUGUGUAUUCGUCCAACAAUAUUUCAACUUCUAUUAUCAAUAUUUAUUAUCAUAACAGUAAUAUUUUGAUUAUGAGAAAUUUUAGUUUACACAAAAGUCAAAACGCUUAUUAAAACGCAUAAAUAAGUUUUAAUUUAUUAAUUAAUAACAUCCUACUCUUGGUAUUAAAUACCCACAGCUCCUAUAUUGGAUGAAAAUCGAAGUAUAAGAAAAUCUAUACUUAGUCAAGUAUAUCGAAUUUGACUCACUCAAUGAUUUUUCGUCAAAUACAAUGCCAAGUAGUGUGAAUUCAUUCCGUUCAACAUCGUCUUUGACAUAUCUGCCUACACCCGUAACUCAAAGAACAUGUAUGACAGCAGCAGUAAAACGAUAUCGUUAUUUGCGGAAGUUGUUGAAUUUUGAACAAAUGGACUUUGAGUUUGCACUAUGGCAAAUGACAUUUUUGUUUAUCAACCCACAAAAAGUGUAUCGAAAUUUUCAGCAUAGAAAAGAAACCAAAUCGCAAUUUGCUCGAGAUGAUCCUGCAUUUCUCGUACUACUGGGCGGAUUACUCUGUGUUUCAUCUAUAGCAUUCACGUUUGUGUUAAAACUUGGCAUUGCUGCGUUUUUUAAAUUCUUAUUGUAUAUUGUUGCUGUUGAUUGUCUAUUAUGUGGUAUAUGCAUAAGUACAUUAUUAUGGUUGGUUACGAAUAAAUACUUGAUUAAGUCAAACUACAAAGGACAAGACGUCGAAUGGGCUUAUGCGUUUGACGUGCACUUGAAUGCAUUUGUUCCUAUGUUAGUCAUAUCGCAUAUUUUUCAAUUAUUUUUCUAUCAUAUAUUUCUGAGACAUGAUUGGUUUCUUCCAAUUUUCAUCGGAAAUACAUUAUGGGUCAUAGCGCUUGGAUAUUAUCUCUACAUUACCUUCCUAGGAUAUAGCUGUUUACCAAUUAUACAAGGAACACAAGUACUGUUGGCGCCAUUUGUUUUACUAUUUUUAUUAUAUAUUGUGUCAUUAGCUGCAAGCUUUAACAUGUGUCAAUUGGUCAUGGAUUUUUACCACUACAGAGUGCUAUGAAUACAAAAUAUGCAUAUAAUGUAUGUGUGUGUGUGUUAAUCUUAUGUUGAGAUUAUUUUUGUAUGUAUAUAAUAAGUCAAUCUAUUUUUAUAACCAUCAGUUAAAUAUUGAUAUUAGUUUAUGAUCAUAUUAUACUUUUGUACAAAUAAAAAAAAACAACACUAUCUGUUUAUAAAGCUUAUA